AUGUUUCACACCUUUGGUAGCACGGAACCACCGGCUUCACAUUUGUCGACACAGGUCGCAAGACCGGUCUCCCGCAGAGUCAACAAGUCAUGUUCGGAGUGUACACGGAGAAAGGUCAAGUGUGAUGGCCGUGUUCCUUGUGCAAGCUGUCAGUACUACAAAACUUCGGAGAGUUGCGUCUACAGGCAACGGACCAAGAGACAAGCUGUCAGCAAGAGUACAUUGGAACAGGUGACCGAGCAGAUGCAGGUACAACAACGCAUUCUCAAUACAUUAUUCCCGCAUAAUUCACCCGAGGACCUGGUUGGAAGAUCAAGAACAGAACUUCUUCAGCUCUUGUCGACUGCUUCGCCAUCCGAUACGUCGGUUUGCGAUAUCUCGCCUGGACCAUUGGGGCCUUCACCUCAAUACUUCUUAUCAGGCACAGGUGCCACAGACGUGUCUGAUGGUUCAACUCAAGCAUCCGAGGCUGGCGAUACUGAUCAAGAGAGAAGAUGGGACGAAUCAGCUCAGCAGCCUGCAGAAAUCGGCGCCAGCGAUGACAUCAAUGCCAUCAGUCUGGCUACAGAUCAACAUCGCCGCUCAUAUUUAGGUGUCACCUCAAUGAGUGCUGUUAUGGGGGCUUUAUUCCGACUCUGCCCAGCGGCUAAAGCUCGUACAAUAGAAUUCUCGAAAGAACUAUCAAAAGAACAGUAUAUGCAUCAUCAGCAAGCUUCAGACCUAAUUUCGGGACCCAACUUACCGGCCCUCAACCAGCUUCGAGAACAGCGCUGUGUCGAAUUCUAUUUUGAACACAUACACGCCAUCACACCCAUAUUGAAUGAAGAAGAGUUUCGAAGAACAUACAAAGAGGCCACCCGGCAAGAUGCUUCAUGGUUGGGACUUCUCAACAUGGUUCUGACGCUUGGGUCCAUUGCCUCUGGCAGCAACACAUUGCACGUGCAAUACUACAAACAAGCGAGGGUCUUCCUCGACCUAGACUCUCUCGGAUCUGGAAACAUGGAAAGUCUCCAAGCUCUGUGUUUACUGGGAGGCUACUACCUACAUUAUCGGAACUCCCCAAACAUGGCAUAUGCUGUGCUUGGUGCUGCUCAGCGCGUCGCCAUAGCCCUAGGCUUACACCGAGACUCGUCGCGCCGUACUCAUGAUCAAGGAGCUGACACAAAUCAAGAAAAUCUUCUUCGAAUCGAAACGCGGCGGCGGACAUGGUGGAGUCUAUUCUGUCUUGACACUUGGGCCAGCAUGACUCUUGGUCGCCCAACCUGUGGACGAUGGGACAAUACGACAAUGGACACCCUGCCCCCAAGCCUCCUUUCACCUGAUGAUCAUUGUGCCAUCUCUUUAAGAUCGAGCUGUCAGUUCUGCCACAUUUGCAACCGCAUUCAGCAUAGAUUUGCGCAACUACGAAGGAUGUCUGCCAUUGAGGCUCUUGCUUUCGACCAAGAGCUUCGAGACUGGUACGAGACACUGCCAUCAGUUGUCAAAUACACUGCUAAUUCGCCGCCACGCGUCACCACCGCACGCGAAUUUCUGAGGAAUCGGUAUCUAAACGUACGACUGGUACUGUCCCGUCCAUUUUUGCUGCAUCUGGCCCACGGCAACGCUAAACAACGCAUAUUUGCACCCGAGGAGGAACAGAUGAUCGACACAUGCCGCUCAAUUGCGGCCGAAGCCAUUGACGCCAUUACACUCCACUGGACCCCCAACCACAUUCACGUGUGGAACUCUGCGUGGUACCUUUUCCAGGCCUGUAUGGUACCACUUCUUUCGAUCGCCAUGGAGACAGCAUGGAGGCCGGGCAUGUUCCCCAAAAGGGUGGACCGAUGGUCUGCAAGUUUGACAAAGGCUUUGGACAUAUUCAACGACAUGAAGCCGUGGAUGAGGGGAUCGGAUCGAGCCGCCCACAUGGUGGCUACCCUCUUUCAGGCUGUCACGGUGACGGUCGAGAAUCAGGUUCGCCCAUCAACCAGUCCGGAAGGGGCCUGGGAGUUACCAGGCUGGUGCGAUGAGCAACUUGCGGAUAUAGAUUGGAACAUGUUUCUGAGCGAGGAGAAUGCUUUCAAUGUAUGGCAGACGCAAUCAUGA